UCAAUCCAACAAAGUUAUAUACGUUGACAUGACAAAGAGGGGCGAAGAAGAAGUUGCAUGCCAGAACCCGCUCAUGUACUCCUCAAUUCAAAUCAUGUAUGAUUUUUCUUGGCAAACUACGCUUCGUUACACCAAAUUCGAAUAUGGUGAACAAGUUCAAACUGAAAUCCAACAGGAAAAGAUUUGGGAUUUCGUAUACUUGGAACCUCAACAGUUCUUGUCCUAUAGGAAGAUGCAUGAAAUCGUGAAUGAUGCUCUCGGAGCUUGGCCGAUAUGUAAUGGUGUUCGUAAAAGUUUGAUCAAGGAAGUGUUUUUGAGUACACAAGCAAUGGCGGAAUCAAUGUCUUCGGGUCAUUAUGCUUUACAUAUUGAUGUUGAUGUAAACGCGGUUUAUCAUUAUACUAUUGGUGAAUCACAAACUUUAAAUCGUGUAUUGCAACAUUCUAUAGAAGAAAACAGUGACUAUAAUAUGAUUCCAGCAAGUCAGUCGUCAAUCAAAUCACUCAAGAGAAAGAAAUUAGAUGACGAGAAUAAUAAUUGUGAUUCUUGUACAAUAUGCUUGGAUCAAUUCUCUAAAAGGUCUAAAAUCACUUACAUGCCAUGCUCACAUAUGUUUCAUGGUAAUUGCAUUAAAAAGUGGCUAAGAACAAGCCAUCAUUGUCCAGUUUGCCGAUUUGAGAUGCCAACUAGUUAGAGAUGUCUAGCACGAAAACA